ACUACGCCUCUCUACUUCCGGAACUAUACGGCACAACCCUCUUCAUGUCGAAAAUGACGAAAUAGCAACGAAUAGGGUCUGACAAAUCUGUAAUUCUUAGAAAAUUAACAAGUUAAUCUAAUUUGGCGGAAGAAACAAUGAAUUUUUAGAAAUAGCUUAUUUGAAUAGCAAUCAUCUUUUAAUAAAUCCUGACCAUGGCUAGUUUUGUGCUGAAAAAACUUAGUCGAUUUGCAUCUCUUGACGAGAGCCAUUCUGCCGAAAAGAAGACAGAAUAUCAAGUAAAGACUCCAGAAGGAGAUCCCGAGGCCAAAGUUGUCAUAAUCGCGGCCGAAAAUUGCAACCAUUGCGAAUAUACUUUCAAAUGGUAUCACGACAACGUUCAUAGACAAAAGUAUAAGGUCGUUAUUGUCUAUAUCAUAGAAUUACCCGAACAAAAACCCUCAACAAAACAAUCAAGCGGCAAAAUGUCGCAACCUUUAGGAGGAAUGCAUAUUUCGCCGAAAACCUUACAGGAAUUAUGGAAGAAAGAGGAGGAAAAAACAAUUGAAUUGGAACAGACUAUGCGUCGUUUGUUGCAAGAAAAAAGAUGCAGCGGAGUACUAAGAACAGCGGCUGGCAAACCAGGGCCAAUGAUUUGUAAAGUAGCUAUUGAAGAAGGAGCAUCUAUGAUUGUUACUGGAUCAAGAAACAUUGGAAGGAUGAAAAGAGUCUUAAUUGGAUCUGUCUCAGACUACUUGGUACAUCAUGCAGUCUGUCCUGUAAUUGUGUGCCGUCUGCCGACUAUCCUUAGGAGCGCUUCCGUUUCUGAUGCCGAAGAUGUAAGGCAACGGCACUUUAGCGAUAGCACCCUCCUUUCAAAUUUGAAGGGAAAAGGCAAGAAGCAAUCUAUAAUCGAUAGAAUUAGACAUAAAUCGGCAGGGAGUAAACCUCAAAAAUCUACCGAUGAAGUUUUUGAAGAGGAAAAGGAAAAUGGUGCCGAGAAACCUUAGAUAACUUUAUUUUCUUCAAAAUUCAGAGUUUUUCCCCUGAAUUCCUCUUCGCUACCAAUAUUUUACUUUCCAUUUUGUGUCUCCAAUCACAAAAUAACAAAGUCGGUUGUGGUACGUUGAAGAGGAAUUUUAAAAAAAACAACUCUAUUAUAAAUAUUGAAUGGGUUAAGAUUUCGCUUUUUUUUCUGUCUCUGUGCUUUUGUUUAUUUUUUUUCCUUUGCUAUAAAAAGAAAAGAUACCUUUUUGCGUUUUAUCAUGCAAUCAACUGUAGUUCGCAUAAGAUUAUUGUUGCGUUCCACAAAUAUAGGGUUAUAUAUGGUGCGUUGGUAAAUUUAGUUGUUAGUUGUACGAAGAGUUUAUAAGUUUUAAAAAAUAUACUUAUAUUCAUUAUUCUUAUACAAAAAGGAAUAAUAACUUGAGCUAAAGUAUUGUUCAUAGGCUUACGUUACAUAAGUAGAUAGAUAUAUAAACAAUUACAGAAGAAUUCUGGUCGUUCACUUUUUUAUUAUGUCUAAGAAACAAUUCCCUCUCCUGAUCGGGGAAGAUAAUUUAUCCUGUUUUUCCUAUUCGAAAGUAAAUGAUGGAUGAAAGUGAAUAAGAUAUUGAAAAUAGUAGUGUGUACAUAACCACCGAUAUCAAAAAAAAAGAAAACAAGCAUAUAUAAGACGUUAGUUGGUAUUUUUUCUUUUUUUUUCAAAUAUGUUUUUCUUGAAAAAAUGAAUAACGUUAGGAUUUCAAAAAAAAAAAAAAGAAUAACUUUUUAAUAAUGAAUAAAUAACUUUAAAAAAAAUUCUAUAAUCUAGAAAACACGAAUUAAUAACGUAAUCUGGAAAGAAAAAAAAAUCUGUCAGUAUAACGUAUGUUACAUCACAGUUAGUUACGUUUUCACCAAGUGCCUUUUUUUUUGCAAAAAAAAAAAGAAUAAGAUAGAAAAAAAGAGAAAAAGCAUAUAACGUAUUAUUAUAAAUAAAAACUAUCUUUGUACAAGGUUACAUAAUAUAUAUAUAUAUAUAUAUAUAUAUAUAUAU